CAACUACCUCUACUACUAUUAGUAGUACGACAACGACUACAGGCGAUAUAAUAAUAUAAUUAUCAUUACAUAUUUUAAUAAUACAUGCAAAUACCAAUACAUACAUACACAAUCGUUCACGAAUGGGGAUAUAUGCAAAUAUACACAUGCAAACAAUUAUUCAAUCAUCCAUUUUUACAGAAUGUCUAUCUUCAAAAUUCACUUUGCUAUCAUUCAAUAUUUAAUAUAAUAACUAUAUUUUAUUGAGAAAAAAAAUAAUUUAUACUUCAUAAUUAACAUUUCAUUGACAUUAUUAUAAUUCAGAAAGACGUGAACAGUGAGGACAAAGAAGAAUCUACGAGGAAAAAUAAAUAGAAAGAAGUCAAAGGAGUAAGCAGUUACAUAAUUUUGAGGCAGAAAAAUAUAAAUAUUUAUCGAAUUCAACAUAAUUAGAAAUAAUAUCUAUUCGCUUUGAGUAAACAGAAAAAUCAAAUUGAUUUUGUGACUUUUUCUCUCCUAAUCAAUCGACAAUUAAACCAACGAAACGAACAAGAAUAAUAAUUGUGGAUUAUUAUUUAUUUGCUUUGAUUAUUCAAUUUUAACUGACCGGUACUUGCGGUAAAGCUGGUCAAAAUUAUGCAACGUGCUAGUCCUUUAACAUGGACUUCAUUCAAUACUAGUAGUGUUCAUAAUUCAAUUGAAUUACAGCAACAUAGACAGGAACAACAUCAAAAACUGUUAAAUAAUUUUCAGUCAUUAUAUAAUAGUAAUAUCACAAAUAAUAGUAGUAUUAUUGAUGAAGAUUCAUGUCAUCCAGUUGCAUCAACGAAUAAUAUUGACAAUAGUUUGAGUUUAUUACCAUUUAAUCAAUUUAUCAGUAAUAUACCAAGUUUAUUAAACUCUAUCAAUAAUAAUAAUAAUUUGGAAAGAAAUACAAUAUCAUCUUUGACUACGACAUCGUUAACAGCAUCACCUUCAUUAUCCUCUUCAACGGUAUCUACAUUGUCAUCGUCGUUAGCAACAUUUACAUCAUCGGCGUCAACCACAGUCAGUGCGAAUUCAUCUACAUCAAUGAAUCCAUAUAGCACUAGUACGGCAGCUGCUGUAGCCGCGGCAGCUGCAUGGUAUCCUUUAAGUUUAGCAAUGGAUGAAAUGGCUCAAAACAUAAUCUCUUCAAAAUCUGAACGAAUCGAUCGAAGCAUGUUUUCUUCCCUUUUCCUUCCAACAAUCUCUCAAACAAUGGCUAAAUCAAAUCGUAUAAUUCCAAAUCAAUUAAAUAAUUUACUACUACCUAAUUUAAUGCAUUCUGAUGAUUAUUAUACAACAACAACUAUGACUACUACUACUGAUACUAGUACUACCACCACUACUGACAACAAUAUAAGUAGUAUUGAAAAUAAUCCUAAUCACAUGAAUAAUUCAAAUGGACAAAAUUUCUUGAAUGUUCAUGACGAUAAUCUAAAUCAAACAUCAUCACAUCAAUCAGACCAAAGUAUACAUAGUAAAUUAAGUCCACUAUCGGGACAAAUGAACGGAAUAGACCCAUCUGGAUCACCGCCAACAAUUCAUUCACCGAUCACUAGUGAUAACAAUAAAAGUAAAAAAGCAAGACAUAGAACAACAUUUUCAGUUCAACAGUUGUCAAUUUUAGAAGCAGCAUUUGAUAAUUGUCCAUAUCCUGACGCUGUAACACGAGAAGAUAUUGCGUCCAAAUUGUCACUCAGUGAGUCACGUGUACAAGUAUGGUUUCAAAAUCGUCGUGCUAAAUGGCGUAAACAAGAAGGUAGUCAAUUAUUAACCAAUGGUAAUAAUUCAAAUAAUACUUGUACUCCUACUAAUACUGUUAGUAGUACUACUUUGACUGCUACUACUACUACCAAUAAUAAUAUCAAUGGUAUCAUUACAUCUACAGCAUCGAUGACAUCAUCCUCUUCAACGUCAUCAUCUUCAUCUAAUUUAUUAACUGUUGAAAAUGAUGAAGAAGAUAUACGAAUAAAUACAACAAAUAUUUUAGAAACACCAUUUUUUGCAACAACAAUAACAACGACACCAACAGGUCGUAAAAGAGUUUCCGGUUCAAGUGUACAACAACAACAUCAUCAUCAACAGAAAAAUAGUUAUUCUAAUUAUAAUAAUUAUAAACAAAUCAAUGAUGAUACAGAUAGUAUAAUAAUGAAUCCAAUUUCACCAUCUCAUUUCAAUUUAUCAUUGAUUACAAAUGAUCUUUUAAAUAAUUAUCAUCAACAAUUGAGAAAUUUUUCAUUUCUCAAUGAUAAUAUAAAAUAUACAUCAUCAUCAUCAUCAUCAUCAACAACAACAACAACAAUAACAACAACAUCAAUUACUCCACUGAUUCAUAAUGACUUAGUCAAUUGUUCUAAUCAAACAACAAUAUUUAAUGAUAAUUUAUUCAAUACAGCUAAAUCAUCAGAAUUAAUAAAUUCACAUUUAUUUGAUAAAUCAUCAAUAAAAACUAUUGGAAAUAAUAAACAUUCAAUUAUUCAUUCUAAUUUAAAUUGUUUAAUUAAAUCAUCUGUAAAUAAUAAUAAUCGGCAUUAUCAACAUUAUUUAUCAAGUAGAAAAUCAACUCCAACUACUUGUAAACAACGUAAACACACUAUUAAAAAUAUCAAUAAUAAUCACGAUGAUGAUAAUGAUAAUAAUAAUGAUAAUAUUGAUAAUGGUGGUCCUGUUAAUGCUAAUGAUGAUGAUGAAGAUGACUUUAAUGAUGAUAUGGAUGAUGGUGAUGAUGAUGAUGAUGAUGAUGAAAUGGACAAGACUAGAACAAUGGGAGUGAAUAAUUCAAAAACUAGAGAUUUACCAUUUUCUGUUUUAUCGCUUACAGCCAAUAAUAAUAAUAGUAAUAUUGGUAAUAAUAAUAAUGAUAACUGCAAUAGUAUAAAUGAUCCAUUUGCGAAACUUCAGUCAUCAUCAUCCAAACUGUUUUAUCAAAAUCUCAUAAAAUCUAUAAAAUCAAUUAAUAAUAUUGAUAAUCAUGAAAAGAAAAAUUCUAAUUCUCUCAAUUCUUCAUUAUCUACAUCAAUCCCGUUGAAUGAGAUCAACUGUUCAAUGAAUGAAUUAAAUUCUACUGAAGAUGUAACGAAAUUUUUAACGAAUCUAUCUGAUUUUGGUGUUUUAAUGAAUUCAUUAUUGAAAUCUAAAUUAAAUCUCUUGACAAAAACAUCAACUUUAUCCGAUUGUAAUGGAAGUAAUCAUGACCCAUGUUUAAAUACUCUGAAUGAUAAUACAACUAGUACUAAUGCUACUCAAAUUACCAAUACUGCUAGUACUACUAAUACCAAUAAUAAUAAUACUGUGAUUGAUAAUGUUAUUCAAAAUUCAAUUUUAGAAAAUUUGAUAACUUCCUGUCCACAAUUCCCUUUCAAUUUACAAUAUUUAAAUGGUACACAAUUAAAUCAGCAUGGAUUAGAUUUGAAAGUGGAAUCAAAUACAAAUAAACAAAUGAAUUCAAAUCGCAUGGAUAAUCUAUUUGGCCCAUCUGGAGAUCAGUCGGAAAAUCAAUAUCCUGAUAUACAAAAACUUAUUUUCAAUGAAAUAUCCUCAUCACAAACAUUGUCACCAUCUACACUAACAUCUAAUACAGCUAACAAUCUACUCUGGGAAUACUUUUUGAAUCGUUUACAAGAUCCAAACAAUUCUUUAUUAUCUAAAUCACCAUCUCUUGGAACCUCGACAAUAACAACAAAUUCAUUACAAAAUAAUACUAAUAACUCUAAUAACUCAUGUUCAAACGAUUUAAUUAAUCACCCUGAUUUAUUGAAUUUGUCCAAUCAUCAAUAUUCUAAUAUGAAUAUAGACUUUCGCAAGUUUUUACAGUAUACAAAUUUGAAAGGGAAAGAAACAAGUUUAAAUUUCAACUUUAACAAUUCUUCUACCAAUAACACUACUGCUACUACUACUACUACUACUUCAAAUAAUUCUCCUAGUAAUCUACAUCAUACUACUGCUGCCACAACAACAUCUUCGUCGAAUGGUCUGAUGUCGGAUUCACUAGAUAAACUUAAAGAUGAUUUAUUAUUGACCAGUACAAAUUUAAAUAAUCCUAUCGAUCAAAUGGCAAAAUUAUCACAAUCCGAUAUUUUCCAUAACUAUAUUAAAAAAUUUCAAUCAUUUGGAAAUGAUUUAAAUUGUGUAAAUAAUGAUAGUGAUAGCAAUAAUGAUAACAGUAAUAGUAUUACACAACAAAUGAUGCAAUAUUAUGCUCUGUGUGCGUUUGUUCAAACUACUACACUUUUGUCCAACUCAUCAUCUUCCACAUCGACAUGAAUACUUUAUGUAUAAAAAAUAUCACUUUGAUCAUUAACACAAAAAUGUGCAUAUACAAGUAGAUUGACGAAUAGACAGAUAGAUAAACUAACAUUUAUCCCUGUGAAUACUCUCCUUAUUGUGCAUAUAUACAUAAGAAAAGUAAAGCCACAUUCCUAAAAAAAAUACAUAGAUGAAUUAUUUCAUUGAUACUACUGGUAAGUACUAUUAUUACUACCAAUACAGUGAUAUUCAUUUUCAUCGUAUGGAUAGUUAAUUAGAAAUUUCCAAAAGUAAAUUAUCAUACACAAUCUGAUACAUAUUUCAACCAAUCUAAACACUUUGCUUCUAAUAUUACUAUUAACAAUAAUAAUAAUAAUAAUAAUAAUAAUAAUAAUAAUAAUAAUAAUAAUACUUAUAAUAAUAGUGAUAACUGUUAAUUUCUAUUCUCAUUUGUUUUUUUUCUGUAUAUUACUUUUUUAACCUGUUUGUAAUUUCCCGUUCUUUCUCACCCUCAUACUCAAUUCACUUUACUUCACUUUGUGGUGUUUUUUUGUUGUUGAAAAUCACCACUUUUGAUGAUGAAUGCAAAUCUUUUGGUGCAUACACACAAUUAAUAUAUGUUUGUAUGUAUGCUUGAAACUGUUCAUCAGUUUUAAGUAAGAGCUGUUUGUUUGUUUUUUCAAAUAAACUUUCAAUUAUCGAAUUACGCGCAUGUAUGCAUAGAACUCAAACUAUACAAAUAUACACAUUAAUUACAAUUACAAAAAGAUCUCUUAUAGCGUACAUACAUACGUGAAUACAUUAAAGUACAGUUUGACUAAAGUACAUAGAUCUGUGUAUAUGUUUGCCUGUCUAUCUAUCUAUAUAUCCAUGUAUCUGUUUUUAUGUAUAUAUAGGCAAACGUCUUACAGAUAUAAUGCGGUAUUGUAUUGUAUUUACAAAAGAAAUAUCCCAUUUUUGUCAAAUAUCUGUCAUAUCGUCACAUUAUCCACUUCAUAUUAUAUAUUUUAAUUAACCUCUGCCUACCUCCAUUGUUUCUUACUUCAUUCUACUUCUGAUUUUAGUCGUUUGAUUUUUGUGUAUUGAUGAUGAAUCCGUUUCGUUUUAUUGUUUCCUGGGGGUUUGGGGAUGAUUCUUUCUUUUCUUUUUUCUAUAUAUAUAUAUAUAUAUAU